AUCGGCGUGCUCGCGAUUCAGGGCUCGUUCCGCGAGCACGCCGCGCUCGUGCGCAAGGCGCACCCGCGCGCGCGCGCGGUGGAGGUGCGCAAGGGGUGUCACCUGCGCGACGUGCGAGGUUUAAUCAUUCCGGGGGGGGAGUCGACGACGAUGGCGAACAUCGCGCGAAGGUUCGGGCUGUUCGAACCGUUGCGAGCGUUCCAGGCGAGCGGGAGGUGCGUGUGGGGGACGUGCGCGGGGUUGAUUUUCUUAGCCGAACGCCUCGAGCGAGGGGGCAAGGAAGGCGGACAAGAGCUUCUCGGCGGCUUGGACGUCGGGGUGAAUAGAAACUUUUUCGGGUCACAGAUCGAUUCGUUUGAAUGCAUGAUUCCGUGGACGGCGACGACGUCGAACGGCGACGACGACGCGCCGUUCCGGGCGGUGUUCAUUCGCGCGCCCGCCAUCACGUCGUGCGGGCCCGACGUCGAGGUGCUCGCGAAGUACGCGCUCCCGGAGGCGAAGAAACAAAAACUCGUCGGGACCGCGGACGAGGGCUUGAACGAAGUCGUCGUCGCGGUGAGACAAGGAAAGUUACUCGCGACGUCGUUCCAUCCCGAAAUCACCGCCGACGCGCGUUGGCACAAACUCUUCGUCGACAUGUGCGCCGAA